CAAAGCGUAAACAAAAAAAUUAUAACGGAAUUUCCUGACAGUUCACAAACUUGUGCAAAUAUUACAUUAACUGUGUCGCUGUUUCGCACAUUUCUAAACUAUGAACAUCAAUCAUGGGAGAAGGAGUGCCACAAUUCAACUCUUUUGUUUCGCCAUCCUCCUCUCGUUGGCAUUGACCUCUUUCGCAUAUCGAUUACCAAAAACUUUCCAUCCCGAGAACUAUCGUUUGAAGGUCAUCACGCAUCUGAACGAAGAUGGUCAAGGUCAUCGAUUCACGGGAAAAGUUUGGAUCGUCGCCAUUUGCGAUCAAAAUACCAACAACAUUACGCUUCACGCGAAAAAUCUCACGAUCAACGAGGAAAAGGUCAAAGUGAAGUUAAUUCAUGACAAAAUCGAGUUGAAAGAAGUAAAAAUGGACGAGGAAAAUGAAUUUUUGAUCAUUAUGGCGAACGAAACAUUCCGUCAAGGCAAUAAAUACAUGAUUUAUGUUCCGUUUGAAGCUCCUUUGAGUUCUGGCUUGCAAGGCUACUACAAAUCGAGUUAUUACGACAAAAAACGAAAGGAAAAGGUUUAUUUGUCUGUCACGCAAUUUGAGCCAACAUCUGCUCGAUAUGCUUUUCCAUGCUUUGAUGAGCCCGAGAUGAAAGCUACUUUCGAUAUUGCUCUUGGGCAUCAUAAAAAUUACACCGCUUUGAGUAAUAUGCCGUUGAAGGAUUCAAUUGAUUUGGAUGGCGAAAAAGACUUCGUUUUAGAUACGUUUGAGACUUCAGUUCCGAUGUCAACGUAUCUCGUCGCGUACAGUGUCAAUGAUUUCGAAUAUCGAGAAGUUCCGGUUAAGAUGAAGGAUGAAGUUAAAUUCAGGAUUUGGGCAAGAAGAGAUGCCAUUGAUCAAGUUGAAUAUGCGAAAAUUGUUGGUCCUAAAGUUUUGAAGUAUUAUGAAGAUUAUUUUGAUAUCAAAUUCCCGUUGCCGAAAAUGGAUAUGAUUGCUAUUCCGGAUUUUUCUGCAGGUGCCAUGGAAAAUUGGGGGUUAGUUACUUAUAGAGAAACUGCUCUUCUCUAUGCUCCUAACGUCAGUUCUUCAAGCAAUCAACAUCGAGUAGCUUCAGUUAUCGCCCAUGAAUUAGCUCAUCAAUGGUUCGGAAAUUACGUCACAAUGAAAUGGUGGACCGAUUUAUGGCUCAACGAAGGUUUUGCGACGUACGUUGCCUCCCUCGGCGUCGAAUAUCUCCAUCCCGAAUGGAAUUCCCUCACAGAGGAAUCUGUCGAUAAUACUCUCAACAUCUUCAAAUUCGACGCUUUGAAGUCAAGUCAUCCCGUUUCCGUGCCAAUUGGUCAUCCAAGCCAAAUUAAUCAAAUUUUCGAUGCAAUUUCGUACUCCAAAGGCUCUUGCAUCAUCCGCAUGAUGCAUCUCUUCCUCGGCGAAGAAACAUUCAAAAAUGGCGUCAGCAACUAUUUGAAAGCUCACAAAUACCGAAAUGCGGAACAGAAUGAUUUGUGGCGCGCAUUAACGGAAGAAGCGCAUCGCACAGGAGCUUUGCCUAAAAGUAUCACUGUCAAGCAAAUUAUGGAUAGUUGGACCUUGAAAGUUGGUUAUCCCGUGAUUACCGUAACGCGCGAUUAUUCCAACAAUUCAGUUGAAAUCACGCAGGAACGAUACUUGUUGGACGUGAAUCGCCUUCGAGAUGAAACGGAAAAAUGUUGGUAUGUUCCGUUGAGUUUUACGACGCAAAAAGAGAAGAAUUUCACAGCAACUCAUGCGAGGGAUUGGCUCGAAUGCGAUUGCCAUAAAAACGAAAAGCCAAAAGUGAUUUUUAACAUGCCGGAGGAAAGUGACUGGAUUUUGUUCAAUGUUCAACUUUCGGGAUUGUAUAAAGUGAAGUACGAUCAGAAGAAUUGGGAUAUGUUGAUUGCAGCGUUAAAUGGACCCAAAUUCACGCAAAUUAAUACGAUUAAUAGAGCGCAACUCAUUAACGAUGCUCUCGACUUUGCAUGGACUGGAGAGCAAGAUUAUGAAGUUGCUUUGUCGGUAGUGAAUUAUUUGAGGCAAGAGGAUGAAUAUUUGCCAUGGAAGUCGGCGUUGGAUGGUUUGGCAGUUGUCAAUAGGAUUUUGAACAAAACUCCGUUGUAUGACGUUUUCAGGAAUUACAUGCAAAUCAUCUUGGAACCAAUUUACAUAAAAGUCAAUGGCUUAAAAGAUGAAGGAAAGAAAGAGCUUGAUAGAUUAGAUGCCGUUAAACGUAAAGUCAUGAUCGCUGCUUGGUCUUGCAAAUUUGACGUCGGAGAUUGUGUCGAUAAAGCUGUUGAAUAUUUCAAGACUUGGAUGGAAGAAGCUGAUCCAGAAACAACAAAUCCAAUUCCCGUUGAUCUCCGUCGCGUCGUUUACUGCAACGCCAUCAAACACGGUCGAGAACGCGAAUGGAAUUUCCUGUGGCAGCGAUAUCUCAAGAGCAACGUUGCUUCCGAGAAAAGUAUGAUAAUCAGUGCUCUUUCCUGUUCUCGUCAAGUCUGGGUCUUAUCACGCUACUUGGAUUGGUCUCUCAACGUAACUUCAGGCGUUCGCAAACAGGACUCUUUCAUGGUCUUUGGAGGCGUGGCACGAAGCGAAGCUGGCUUUGAACUCGCCAAAAACUUCCUUUACGACAAAAUCGAUGAGAUUUACGAAUAUUUGGUGCCCGAAGAAAGUCGCUUGACACGUUACGUCAAACCACUCGCUGAACACAUGACAACCAUGAAAGAACUCACAGACUUGAAGAAUCUCGUCACGGACAAGGCAAAGGUCUUCGAAAAAGCAUCGCAAGGCGUCAAACAAGCACUCGAAACUAUCGAGCUGAAUAAUCAAUGGAAACAUAAUAAUUAUCAGUCGAUGGCACGACAUUUAUCCACCGCAAUUUAUCGUUCAACGCAUAUCGAAACGCGCUGAAAAACAAGUACAAAAUUCCAUUUUUAGUUAAAAAAAAGAGAAAUAUUAGGAGCGAAAUUAAAAGUACUUAUGAGACAAGAUAUAUUUACAGGAAGUAGAUUACAAUUAUCAGCAUUUUACUUAGAGCUUCUAUUUUUUCCAUUUAGUGAGCAAUAUGAGAAGUAAUUUAUCAGAAAAAAUAAUACUUAUACUUAGUUUAAUAUACCUUUGUUUGGA